AUGAAAGAAAUUGACCAUCAGAACGCGAAUAACUCUCCUAAUGAAAAUGAAAGUAGUAAAGAAGCUGCGAUAAACGUAGGAACUGCGCAGAAUAAGGAUUCUGAAAGAAGCGCAGGUCCUAACUUAGAAGCAAAUAGUAACGAUAAAGUUCGUGAAAUAUUGGGUCAACAAAAAUUGACACCGGAGCAAAGGGAAAGUAAAAGGAGAGAGCUAAUUGAAAAACAGAAGGAAGCUCGUAAACGAGCCGCAGAAGCAAGGUUAAGAAUACCAAAUGAGAAUGAGGGAGGUAGUGCUAUUGUUGCUAAUACCAAUACUACACAACAGUUUGAACCAAGAGAAGAUAUGAUACUACAAGCAGUCACAUUCUUAUCUAGCCCAAUAGUACGUAAUUCUGAUGAGGACAAAAAGUUCAAAUUUUUGUUAAGUAAAGGUUUGACGCAAGCAGAAAUUGAUAUUGCCAAAGAUAGGGUAAAUAAGGAGGAAACAUUAGCUCCACCUGUUCCACCACGCACAUAUCAAAUGGCUGUGGCAAGGACUCCAUUAUGGAAGCGCCUAAUAUUUAUUCUACUGAUUACAGUUACGGCUAUUAUUUUUGCAAAGCAACAAUUAUAUUCUCAUCAAGUUAAUCUUUUUAGAAGGUUUAAUGAAACUCUUUCGACAUUUUUAUCUUUAAAUAAGUCAACGUCGCGUAGUAAACCUGUUGAGCGAAGAAAUUUUACUGAUGAUGAUGAUGAAUCACCUACACCAUAUGAUAUAGAUGAAAUUUCUACACCACCUGCUUUACUCGCUCCUCUUGCUACUGAUUUAUCUGGAUUAACUGAAAGGUUAAGUAUCCAUCAACAAACCUUAUCAAAAUGUGAUGCGAUAUCAGAUCUACAACUUUCGUUGUCAUCUUUAGCGGCGUAUCUUUCGGCAAAUGUUUAUUCAUAUUCUCGGUCACCACCAAAUGACCGUGAUUCACCUGUUUCGCAAGUUAGAAGCGAAAUUCGUAGUUUGAAAAGUUUGUUGGUUAAUCGUAGGAAUUUUCCAAAAAUUCCACCUGUGCCCGUGUAUUCAGCUCAAUCACAAAUAACUUCAUCUCAACCUUCACAACAAGAAGUAAAUAUUUCAAAUGAAAAUGUGGAAUAA